UCAUGCAUUUUGAAGGUUAUAAUAAGCCAUAAGGUAGUACCCGUGACCGCAUGGUGGUGUACAGCAUGUCAUAAUGUCAGUGGCAGAAAUGUACACCUGUUUUUCUCCUUUGGUUGCAAUACAAAUGCGAUCCGAAAUAGCAGCGGCCGUAGAGACAGCCCAGCAUGAGCCGCAGUUUGCCUGGUCACGGAUUGUAAAUAA